GGCGAGGGUCAAUCCCAGCCGUACACAUCAGCGAGCUGACUGAGAGGCUGUCGAGAGGCUAGUUGGCGGCGCCGUCAAUCCCGGCCCGCCGCCUCACAGACCCGCGCGGGUGCUCUCGCAGUGCCGCUCGCUUCUGCAGCCUCGCGGACGCCCAAAGCCAGCCCUUCAGGCCUGGACGCUGGGGUGCGGCGGUGCAGCCAUGGACUUCUCCAAGUUCCUUGCCGAAGACUUCGACGUGAAGGAGUGGAUCAACGCGGCCUUCAGGGCUGGCCCCAAGGAGGUGGCGGCCGGGAAGGCGGACAGCCACGCGGCCACCCUGGUGAUGAAGCUGCAGCUGUUCAUCCAGGAGGUGAACCACGCCGUUGAGGAAACAAGUCACCAGGCCCUUCAGAACAUGCCCAAAGUGCUCCGUGAUGUAGAAGCCCUUAAACAGGAGGCAUCUUUUCUGAAAGAACAAAUGAUUCUUGUCAAGGAGGACAUUAAAAAAUUUGAACAGGACACAUCUCAGUCGAUGCAGCUUAUUCAUCUCUCUUUAGCACCGCUGAACAAUUUAGCCAUGGAAUCGGUGUUGUAUGGGGUAUUGGUAGAAAUCGACCAGGUGAAGUCCCGAAUGCAGCUUGCCGCAGAAUCUCUUCAAGAAGCCGACAAAUGGAGCACACUGAGUGCUGAUAUCGAGGAGACAUUUAAGACUCAAGACAUAGCUGUAAUUUCUGCCAAGCUCACAGGUAUGCAGAAUAGCCUAAUGAUGCUUGUUGAUACACCAGACUACUCAGAAAAAUGUGUGCACUUGGAGGCGUUGAAGAACAGACUGGAGGCCUUGGCCAGCCCCCAGAUUGUAGCAGCAUUCACAUCUCAGUCUGUAGAUCAGUCCAAAGUGUUUGUGAAGGUUUUUACUGAAAUUGACCGGAUGCCCCAACUUCUUGCAUACUACUACAAGUGUCACAAGGUCCAGCUUUUAGCAGCCUGGCAGGAGCUGUGCCAGACUGACCUACCCCUGGACCGGCAGCUCACUGGACUCUAUGACGCCUUGCUCGGUGCUUUGCACACGCAAAUCCAGUGGGCUAUGCAGGUUUUCAGGAACCCCUACGAGGUGGUGACUGUGCUGCUGAUUCAGACCCUGGGGGCCCUGGUGCCCUCUCUGCCCAUCUGCCUCAGCUCCAGUGUGGAGAGGGCAGGGCCUGAGCUGGAGCUCGUCAAGCUGCUGGACUUCUACGACGCCACCGCCCACUUCGCCAAGGGAUUGGAGAUGGCCCUGCUUCCCCAUGCAGAUGAGCAAACCCUGGUGAAAGUCGUGGAGCUGGUGGAUGCUGUGUAUGGUCCGUACAGACCCUACCAGCUGAAGUACGGUGACAUGGAAGAGAAGAACCUCCUCCUCCAGAUCAGCGCGGUGCCUCUGGAGCGUGGGGAAGUCAUUGACUGUGUGCAGGAGCUGAGCCACUCUGUGAACAAGCUCUUUGGCCUUGCUUCUGCAGCCAUUGACAGAUGCAUCACAUUUACGAACGGCCUGGGGACCUGUGGCCUGCUGACAGCCCUGAAAUCCCUCUUUGCCAAGUAUGUGUCUGAUUUCACCAGUACUCUCUACUCAAUACGAAAGAAGUAUAGGCUGGAUGAUAUUCCUCUCAACUCCCUUUUUCAAGAAGAUUGGGCGGCUUUUCAGAAUUCCAUUAGGAUAAUAGCCACCUGUGGAGAGCUCCUGCGGCAGUGCGGGGACUUGGAGCAGCAGCUAGCCAACAGGAUUUUGUCCACAGCUGGGAAGUAUCUCUCUGAGUCCUACAGCCCUCGGAGCCUGACCGGUUUUCAGGAUAGCAUCUUGACAGACAAGAAGAGCUCUGCCAGGAACCCAUGGCAAGAAUAUAAUUACCUUCAGAAAGACAGCCCUGCCGAAUAUGGCAGUUUAAUGGAAAUACUCUAUACCCUCAAGGAAAAAGGGUCAGGUAACCACAACCUGCUGUCGGCGUCUCGAGCGGCUCUGACUCGGCUUAACCAGCAGGCCCACCAGCUGGCUUUCGAUUCCGUCUUCCUGCGCAUCAAACAGCAGCUGCUCCUCAUUUCCAAGAUGGAUAGCUGGAACACCGCCGGCAUUGGAGAAACCCUGACCGAUGACCUGCCCACCUUCAGUCUCACUCCUCUUGAGUACAUCAGCAAUAUCGGGCAGUAUAUCAUGUCCCUCCCCCUGAACCUUGAGCCAUUUGUGACUCAGGAGGACUCAGCCCUAGAGCUGGCUUUGCACGCUGGAAAGCUGCCGUUUCCUCCUGAGCAAGGGGACGAACUGCCCGAGCUGGACAACAUGGCCGACAGCUGGCUGGGCUCUAUCGCCAGAGCCACGAUGCAGACCUACUGUGACGCGGUCCUCCAGAUCCCUGAGCUCACCCCGCACUCCACCAAGCAGCUGGCCACCGACAUCGACUACCUGAUCAACGUGAUGGACGCCCUGGGCCUGCAGCCGUCCCGCACCCUCCAGAACAUCCUGAUGCUCCUGAAGGCCAAACCCGAGGAUUACAGACAGGUCAGCAAAGGCCUGCCCCGCCGCCUCGCCACCACGGUGGCCGCCAUGCGGGCUGUGGACUACUGACCCCCACGCGCCCGGCUGAGACAGAAGAGGAGACACAGAUACAGAGGAGAAGGCCAUGUGAAGACGGAGGCAGAAACUGGAGUUACACAGACAGAAGUCAAGGAACACCUGGGCCCACCAGACGCUAGAAGGGGACAAGAAAGGAUUCUCCCCUGCAGCCUCUGGAGAGAUCCUGGUCCUGCUGAUGCCGGGACUGCCCACUUCUAGCCUCCUCUGUGAAAGAAUAAAUUUCCGUUGUUUUAAACCACCCAGUUUGUGGUCAUGUGUUACAGCAGCCAUAGGAAACGAAUACAGAUCAUAAGAGUGAGAGGGCGGCUCCAGGCAGUGUUUGCUGCAAGGAGCUGGCAGAAUGCAGACAGGUGGGCUUGUCGGGGAACCUCGGGAGCUCAGGUAAAGAGGAAAGUAGACGGAGAUGGAGGGCUGUGAAUCAGGAGGGGGUGCAAGCAGAGGCCAGGAAAGAGAACUUCACAACGAGGUGUGAAGAGCCCCAUCUAGGAUCCUAUCUUAUGUCACGAGAAUGUCUCCUAAGGAAAUAAUUCAGCAACAACACAAAAUGUUUGCAUAAAGAUGCUCAUGGAAGAAGCGACAGUAUAAUGUAGUUUCAGAUAAUUUGGUUAAUUUUUUUUGAUAUGGAACUUUUCAAACAUAAAAAGUUGAGAGAAUGAAGCCUACCACCAGCUUCAACAAUUUCCUACGGGACUUCCCUGGUGGCGCCGUGGUUAAGAAUCCACCUGUCAAUGCAGGGGACACAGGUUCGAGCCCUGGUCUGGGAAGAGCCCACAUGCCGCAGAGCAACUAAGCCUGUGCGCCACAACUACUGAGCCUGCGCUCUAUGAGACCACGAGCCACAACUACUGAGCCCACGUGCCACAACUAUUGAAGCCCGCGCACCUAGAGCCCGUGCUCCGCAACAAGAGAAGCCGCCGCGAUGAGAAGCCAGCUCGCCACAACUAGAGAAAGCCCGCACGCAGCAACGAAGACCCAACACAGCCAAAAAAAAAAAAAAAAAAAAAAAAAUCCCCUACGGCCAGUCAUGUUUCAUCUCUACCUGCCCCCACUCUCCCUCCCAUAUUUUUGAAGAAAAUCUCAGACAUCAUAGUUUUAUUUGUUAACAUUUCUAUGUGUAUCUCUACAAGAACUCUUAAAAAACCAUGCUAAACAUAACUAACAAAAAUUCCUUAAUAUUAUUAAACAUUCAAUUUAUAUUGCCUCACAGAGGUCAAUUCUGGGUUUACAAUUUAUUUGUUUAAACUGGGAUCCAAAUGACGUUGACAUGUGAUUGGUUGAUAUGCCUUUGAAAUCCCUUAAUCUAUGGCUCCCUUCAUCUGACUUUUUUUUUUGUCCUUGUGAAAUAGCUGUUAAGAGUUCUGGUUUCAUCCAGCUAAUAACGGAAGAGGGAGUGAUACAAUUAGAGCAUCAUCAUUUUGCACCCCCGAUUUUGGGGAUUUGGGGCAAUGUGCACCAGUAGUGACCAAUGCUGUGUGUCCUGAUGUAAGAGCACAGGCUGUCCGGAAAGUGGCCUUGCCAAUAAACAAAACAACAGCAAAACCCAGCCUUGAACAGGAUCGAGCAUCUGUCUCUACCA